AUGACUCCUGCUUAUCCUGCUCAAACACCGCAUCCCAUCGUUUACAGUACAACUCCUGUCACCAGCAUGCCUACAGUGCAGAUGGACGGUGAAGCUCCUGACACAUCACAAACUCCAAACUAUCCUGCUGCCUAUCUAGUGCCUGUGAAUGCACCUUACGGCUCUCUACCGCAACAAGUUCUUGUACCUGCACCUGUGUGUUUGACUCGUUAA